AUGAGCGCAGCGCGCUGCCGUGUGCACGGUUCCCAUUGGCCCAAUCGCCGUGGGCGGGCCGAACGGACCGAGAGAGCGUUGGCGGCCGCACGGCGACGCGGAGACGACGCCGGCGACAUCUUGAAAUGCCAUCGGCUAAACGACGACUACGGCGGCCACAUGGCUCUCGACCAGUCGAUGCCGUACAUUCCAUCGGUGUCGUCCGCAGCUGCGGCCAACAUGUCUUCGGUGGCAAAUAUGACGGCUGCUUACUUCAACUCGAAAAGUGCUGCCUAUGGAGCACCACAUCUUGGCUUUCCAACCGCACCUACACAUAACUUUCUGCCCACCGGUAUGGGUUAUAUCGGUGGAAGCCUGGCCGACUGCCAACAAGCUGGUCUUGCAUGGAACGCUGGAGGUCCACCAAGGUGUGGUUCAAAAAUCGCCGAGCAAAAGCUCGCCAGCAGAAGAAAGUCUCAACAGAACAGUUCUGGUGGCAGCAGCGGUUCCUCGUCGACCGAGGGCACAAACUCAACCACUGAUGCCGAUGUAAAUAUCAAGUCUGAAGAGCCAGGUGAGUCGACACUGACCGACCAGUCGCAGAGCCCAUGUCCGGACGAGAAGGCAACUCCGGCCAGCUAUCUGAGCAGCAGUGCUUCACCAAACAACUACGCGGCCGCAUCGUUCCGACCACAAGCGCAGUACACAUAUGCAAACUACCAAAGUCCGAUGGACUACUUUCAAUACACUCAACCGUCAGCUGGAACCACCACAAAUCCAUAUGGAAUGGAAACAUGGAAAUUUCAACCAAUGGGUUAA